AUGAAGUAUGAGCUUAAGCGAAGAGAGAAAAGAGAUGCAAGUUAUCAAUUGACGAACUUGUUGCAAAUGGAGAGUAAUCAACUGAAUGAAAAGCUACUGAUUGCAAGCGAGAAGGGAAAUGAACGUGGUGUUUUUCUUCUACUUCAUCAAGGUAUUGACAAGGAUCGAUGUCGAGGUCUUUUUGGGUAUUCGCCAAUGCAUCAUGCUGCAGCUCGAGGACAUUUAAAUAUCUUGCAACUAUUGCUUGAUUUUGGAUGGAAUGUUGACAUUCGAAACGAUGCGAUGGAAACUCCUUUGCAUCUUGCAAGUUUUAAUGGUCAUGUUCAUGUGGCUGAGUUUUUAUUAGACCGUGGAGCGGAGAUUAACGCUCAAACGAAAGAGAAAGACACUGCGUUAUUUUAUAGUGCACGUAAGGGAAAGUAUCGAAUUGUUCGGCUCUUGCUUCGUCGAGAGUGCGAUUUACGCAUUAGGAAUUGCUACGGUGAUGUGGCAGAGGAAGAAGCGCUUGAUGCUAAAACUUUGGAUGAAUUUGUUACUGGAAAACAAGAUGUUGAGCGUGCGUUAAUUGCGCAAUCUCAGCGGAUAAACAUGAUUCAGGUUGACGAAAAUGUUUUACCUCAAAAGCUUCGAGAGCAUAUAAUGUCGUUUCUGGAUCUUAAAAGCCUCGGCUGGGCUUCUCAAGUAUCUCAUCGUUGGCAUCGAGCUGCUGACAAUCCGACUUUAUGGAAGAAACUUGGUGUUUCACGGUGGGGAUUACUACUUAAUGCGACUAUGGGGACAGGAAUUGUGCCUCAAAUGCUUCUGCUUGGUUCAACAACGAGAAACCUCUUUCGCUUAAAUCUUUCAACAACUGAAACUCGACGUCCAUUUAGCUGCAAUCAAUUUUCUACGAAUACAAAUCGACUGCCAAGAGCUCAAGGAAGAAUUUGUACGCAGUAUCAAGAUCAAUUACGACCUCAAACUGCUAACUUUACUUCUGACACUUGGAGACGUGGAAUUCUACUAUAA